CCCUCUCCUCAGGAUCUCCAGAGAGCAUCAUGUUGGUCCUACAGAGUUUGGCAAUCUGGUGUCUUCUUCUAUCAGACCUCCACUCACCUGUCACUGCUUUGGAAACGUGUGAGACAGCCUGGUUUGACGAAGGGGACGUUUCCAGAGACGGGGACUCGGAGCUCCUGGCUGACCUGAGAAGGAGGCACGGGACACGGAUCUGCUCCGGUCCAGUGGACAUGGAGGCCGAGACGGUGUCCGGGAUCAAGUCCCAACACACAGGGAACAACUUCCACAUUUUCAGUGCAUCGCAGGGUCUCUUGUGCCUCAACUCAGAACAGACCUGGAAUCAGUGUGAGGAUUACAAGGUCAAGUUCACCUGCAGCGGACUCUUCUGCUCAGAGUGCAGGACGCGCUGGUUUGACCACGAUGACCCAACAGGAAACGGAGACUACGAGGUCCUCGGUGACCUUCUCAGAAUCUACCCCGGAGAAAUCUGCCGGCAGCCAAUCGCCAUCGAGGUCCAGACGGUCUCUGGGGAACCGGCCUCCAACACGUCUGACACCUUCUUAAAUUAUGACGCCACCUAUGGGUUUGCCUGCGUAACUGCAGAUCAGGGGAGCAGGGGUUGUGAAGAUUACAAGGUCAGGUUCACGUGUCCGGAAGAGUUCUGUGAAGUGUCCCAGCGGUGUCGAACCCGGUGGCUGAGCAGUGACGACCCGUCAGACGAGGGGGACGUCGAGUCCUUACCUCAGCUGAUGAAAAGCUUCCCCGGCCAAGUGUGUAAAAACCCAAUCAGCAUCGAGGCCCAAACCACGAGAGGAAUAUCCGCCCACUACACCGGAGACACCUUCCUCUCCUACGACGUAACCUUUGGGUUUGUGUGCAUCAACGACAAACAGACGGGUAAACAAUGUGAGGAUUAUCAGGUGGUCCUGACCUGUCCUCCAGACUUCUGUCAGGGUUGCAGGACGCGCUGGUUCGACGUGGACAAUCCCACAGGGACAGGAGACUAUGAGACUCUCCUCCAGCUGCAGAUGCUUUACCCGAGUGAGGUGUGCAACCAGCCGGUGGCCAUUGAAGCCAUGACGCUGUCUGAUGUCCCUGCACACGAGACGGGGGACGUCCUUCAAGAGUAUGAUGCCACUCGGGGUUUCUCCUGUGUGAACGCGGAGCAGCCUGGUGGGAAACGUUGUCAGGACUAUAAGGUCCGCCUCACCUGCCCCAUGAACUUCUGCACAGCCUAGAGGAAGUGGAAUGUUAGACUAGAAUCGUGGAGGAUUUGUAACAGAUAGAAGAUUUUCAAAUCAUCUUUUCUUGUAGGAUUCCUGAUUUAUUUUUCUUUUACAAUUGUGUUUGACAAAUACACACAUUUUAAUGUAGCAUGGUUUCAACUUGUGGUCUAGAGAAUAUUUUAAAGUAUUUGUUAUUUCAGAGCUCACAGGCCUGCAUGGCAUAGCACAUGAAAGUUCAUGUUUCAGAUCCAGACUCGACUGACUCUAUAUACAUUUGAAGUCAGCAGGUAGCCAGGUAACACCUCUUGGUUACAACAAGAAAAGCAAGAAUGAACAUGCUUACUGUAAACAUCACACGUUGAUGUACACAAAUCUUUAUUUGUAGACCAAACACAUUUUGAUAUUUUAAUAAAAACCUCUCAAGCUG